AUGCCUCACAAUCAACUCCUCUUUCACCGAUCUCUUCCCAAGCCCAGGCCGCCCAUACACAAUGGCGCGAGUCUCGCACAUCAUCAUCUCAAAGUCACUCGUCAAGCUCGAGCGCCCAUUAUCAACAUCCCUCCCAUCAAUCUCAUUCUCAUCACUCCCGACCGCCAUCUUCUUCUUCCAGCUCUGGGUCGGCAGUUGGCGCCUUACGUUACACCCAAUCGGCGGUUUUUCGCACCUCCUCCCGCGCAGGAACAGUGGUUGGGUCCUGAUGGUCGACGUCUUACCAGCCAAGACCCUCGGCCAGCCUUUCCUCCCCUUCAGCGACCUCCGCCUGAGCAUAUUCUUGCAGCUUCUAGCUCCAGAUCAACGCUGUCUAUCCCCCCGCCCGUGCAGCCAACCUCAUACUCCCACCCCUAUCCUGCUCCGGCGCCAUCUUCUGCUGAGGAAUCAGCCCAGCGCCCGGUUCUUCCGGGAGGUCAUGCGUUGACACCAAUGCACUUCUCCAUGCUCUCCACCCACGACCACAAUCCACUUCAUCCUUCCUCGUCAACUGUCGUUAGGGCGAAAGGGCACAUGGAAGUGCCUGGGAAAGAAUCUUUCCCUCUGAUCACUGGGUGGCAGGAACCUUCUUCCAGCCGCAACAAGCUCCCGAUGAGGUCUCGAUCUCGAUCCUCGUCUUCGGCUGACUCGGGUAGCACUUCCCGAGGGGGCUCGCAGAGAUCGUUUCGCGACGAAGAGGCUCAAAGAACUUCUAGGACAAGCAGUACCUCGAGCCAAGUCGAAGAAUAUCGACAGACUUCGGGGAACACCUCUCAAGAAGGCUCUGUUCGGGCAGCGAGUGUUGGUGUAGAGCAUCGCAGAGGAAAGAAGAAGCGUACCCGGGCACUGAUGACCCAUGCUCAACAAGCAGGUCUUAUGAAUCUGUGGAAGCAGGCAAGUCCUACCAAAUUUCCGACUAGUGGAGACAGAGAGGUCCUCGGUCAGCAGAUUGGCUUGACGGCUCGGCAGGUGCAGGUGUGGUUUCAAAAUCAACGGCAGAAAGGCCGAAAAACACUUCUCGUCAACGGUGGUGUGCCCGACGGCGAGGACCCAGCAGACUACGAAGACCUUCAGAAGUCUCCUCGUUCGCGUCGCUUGUCGGUGGAGAAGGAUGAGAGAAUUUUUGCAUGGGCAGGGAACAGCGCUGGCGGCUCAGUGUGGCCGGUGGCAGAUGGGCACGCUACUGAGGCCGCUACCCCCAGCUACGGGGCUGGCUACUCCUACCUUCCUCCAGCGACUGGCGAGCACCAAUUCCGACACGUUCCUCCCAACACCAAGCCCUUCCCGGUCCCUCCUCACACUCAUCCAUCAGCUCCACUUCCCCCGACUUCCGCACUGUCGUGGAGUCCAAGCUCGCAGUACCCUUCCGUCCUUGAACCACCUCGUUCAUCAAGUUCUUUACCCAACGGAGACAUGGCGUACGCACCUGCACCACUCCCCUCUCGUUCAGGGUUUGUGGAUCCCAACUCUGCGUCUUCGUCUCGGGGCGGCUAUCAUUCCUACGAGCAGUACAGCAGGGGAUACAAUGUCCAUCCUCCUGUUCAGGGGGGUCAUUCCCCUGCCUACAUCCACGAAGCUUCACGCCAACGCUCCAUAUCUGAAGAUCAUCAUCCUAGUCCGUCCACACUGCCCCCGCCUCCUUCCUCUUUCUCAUUGGCACCAUUUGGUUCUGGCCUUGGGCCGCCUCCUCCUCCUAUUCUGUCGGCCCCAAUCACAACCCCCUCUCUGAGUCAAUCGAAUCGCCAGCGAGCUGAUACACGAUCGAGUGUUCAGUCGGUCCCAUCGUCUUCUAGCGCGACGUCAACGCCGGCGUCAACCUCUCACUUGCCCCCGAGUUUGGCUCGUAUCGCCAUCGCGGGCCCGGUGGCUGGUGGUGAUGAUCUUCCCAGUCUAUUGCCAGGGCUGGUCGGGGGUCGUAAAGACGAGGAGGUUGGUUCACCGAGGAAAAGGAAUGCGAGCUGGACCUUGCCCGAACGACGAGUGAAGGGGAGAGCCCAAGGGGAAGAAGAAGGCUCCUCGUCUGGGGUACGGAAGCUGCUGGAGUGA